CCAUCAAACUAUGAUGGGUCCACCGCGGUUGUGUGGCGGCGUUUUAAUUCAGCAAUAAAUCAUUCAGACAGUCCACACGAACAAGACACGAUGUCACUAUCACUGGGCAGCGGAACACCACGAAAACGGCCACGUUCUCCCACCUCAUCAUCGAGCAAGUCUCACCUGCGCAUAGAUCGUCGAGACAGCGAGUUUUUGUGUCCCGUCUGUUUCAAUGUAAUUAGUGAUGCUUACGUCACUAAGUGUGGUCACAGUUUUUGUCAUGCGUGUAUUGUGAAGAGUCUGAAGGAGAGCAAUCGAUGUCCGAAGUGUAAUUUGGCUGUGAAUAAAGUCGAUGACAUUUUUCCGAAUUUUGCGUUGAGUGAAUUGAUAUCAAGAUGCAAACAGCAGGAACGAGACUUUGGCAAACACAAAAACUUCACCAACUUGUCUGCCAUCAAUGGACUUCAAGAAAAUCUGUCUCUAAUCGAGAUAAAUUUUUGGUUGAAAGCUCUAGAGGACAGAAAACGGCAUCUAGAGCUCGGCUCGGCAUUUGUUCAACAUCAACUUACACUGGAAUUCCUGCAUCAAAUAAAAAACAAGAAACAACAGGAAUUCGAUCAGCUGCAGCAGGAACUGAGAGUAAUCGACGAGGAUCUCUGCCAGAUUCAAGGAUGUUUAACACGACAACGAAGCAGCAAAGCCGUCAAGUUGGAGAAGAGCGAAGUCGGUUGUGUCGCAAGUGGAGAUGUACUUAACUCUAGUGGACUGUGGCAAGACACAGUUGGUGAAGCAGGAUUCAACGGAAGUUUGACUUCGGGUUGUCAGUCAGUUCUACAGAUGAUCGCCUCUCAGAAGAAGGAACUGCACAUACACUUUGGUGGGCUAGAGACUGCUUACUGCAAAACAAGGAUUGGAGAUUUUACAGACUCCACAAGAGAUGGUCUGGAGUCGUUCUCAAAAACUCUUAUGAACUCAACUCGGUUCAACGAUUUUCGCACACUUGCCUCUCUCACUUACGGCGAAGUUCCCAGCGGCUCCAGCAUCGUAUCAAGCAUCGAGUUCAGCAAGGAAAGCGACUACUUUGCUAUUGCAGGAGUGACUAAGAAAAUUAAGGUUUUCGACUACAAUAUUGUGAUAGACGAUCCUGUAGACAUUCAUUAUCCAGUCAAGGAAAUGGUUUGUAACUCCAAGAUAAGCUGCAUCAGUUGGAACAUGUAUCACAAAGAGAAGCUCGCCAGCAGUGAUUACGACGGAAUGGUCACCGUUUGGGAUGCUUUCUCUGGUGAGAAAGCGAUCGUGUUUCAGGAGCACGAGAAACGAUGUUGGAGUGUGGAUUUCAACAUGAUGGAUGCUAAACUACUGGCAUCCGGGUCGGACGACGGCAAGGUCAAAGUGUGGUCAACAGAGAGGGAGCAUUCUGUGGCGUGUAUUGAAGCCAAGGCAAACGUUUGUUGCGUCCAGUUCAAUCCCCGCAGUCGUUUUCACUUGGCAUUCGGGUCAGCAGAUCACUGCAUUCACUAUUACGAUCUGAGGAAUACCAAGGAGCAGCUGUGUGUGUUGAAGGGUCACAAGAAGGCCGUCUCGUAUGUCAAAUUCAUGGAUCAAGACGUCUGUGUGUCAGCCUCAACCGACAGUCAACUGAAACUGUGGAAUGUCGCCGAUUGUCAGUGCCUUCGAACGUUUUGCGGCCACAUCAACGAGAAAAACUUUGUCGGACUAGCAAAGAACGGAGACUUUGUCGCUUGCGGAAGCGAGAACAAUUCUCUCUGUAUCUACUACAAGGGAUUGUCAGAGCUCCUUUUGUCGCAUCGAUUUGGCAGUGUCAGGACAUUGCUGGAGAAGGCGAAGAAAGAUGAAGAAACAAAUGACUUUGUGAGCGCUGUUAGCUGGAAACCGGAUUCGAAUGUUAUAAUCGCAGCUAACAGUCAAGGUGUAAUCAAGUUGCUUGAGAUGGUGUGACGUGACGUCAUGCUAGUAGAGGAGCCUUUAUCGUUCAAGUAAUAAAUUUAAUAUCAAUAUAUCACUUGCAGACAGUCAAGACGUUACGGUAAGGCACACGAUGUGCUGUCUGAACGAUGUAGUGCAGAGCAGUAGAAAGCUGAGGACAACCAGUUUAAUUCCGGAUUUAUUAUCAGUUGCCGGUGUUCAUUGAUUCUUAUAUUUUGGCUAUUUUGUUUUCAGUAUUGGUACCUUCAAAUACAGUACCUUCAAAUAUAAUUGCUUUAGCUA